ACAAGCUAACAAGUCAACUUGUAAUCUGAAUGUACACAUACAUAUUUUUGUUAUUGAUUAAGAAGACUACGAUGAUAAUGAUUAUUAAAAAGACUUGAAAAGUCCAUGAAUUGUAUCUUAAUCUCGGGAUUAGUUGUUGAUCUCUAUUUGGUUGUUCUUAGUAUUGGUGGCCUUUCAAGUUCAUUAGCCAAUUCUUUCAGCUAUCACACAAAAUAACUUUCUAUCAUCACUUACUUUCUUCACCACUGUUCAAAAAUAUUUUUUCUCAAACAAGUAAUUAAGAGGUUCCAACAUCAUGUUAAUCAUCGUUUGAUGAACUUUAGGAGGUCAGCCAAAAGAGAAUUUGGAAGGCAGUGACCAGUGAAACUUACAAUCAUGGAAAAUGAUGGAGAAAGAGAGAAGGAGAAAACAAAUAACUCAACGGUGUCAUUUUCUGCUCUUCGCAAGGACGUUGUCAACAUUCUGGAUAUCAUGGAGAGGCUCAAGAAUGAAGAAGAUCAAAAAACUGUUGACAUGGCUGAUCAAAUUGAAAAGUUGAAAUUUUAUCUGGCAUUUAUUUGUACGAACCUCCAGCUUUCAUAUUCAGUUUUUGAGCAGUUUAAAGUUACAACAAGUGCUUCAAGAGAAGUGGCUGAGAAUCGAUUUCGACCAAUUUGGAAUGAUGUUCACAGCAAUGUCCGGUGUAAAUACAACAUGCAUCAAGUCCUUCUCAGCCUCAUGGACAAUAUCGAUGAUUGUAUCAGCUCAUGUCAUUAUUCUAUAACAAGUGCGAUCAUGACUGAGGAGCAGUUGGACUUCCUCCUCCUGAAUCUCCAUCAUGUAUACAAGUUUCUUGCUGAGAUUAAGUUUCCAUUAGUGACACAGUAUAAGAUUCUUCGAGAUGUGUGUAGCGACAUGAAAGAUUUCCAUGGGUUAAUAGUGAAUGGUUGUGUUGAGCACAAGAUUGUUGAAUAUGUGUUACCUCAACUUCAACCUAUGGCUGAGAGAAUUGGGCUCUUCCUUUUGGAUGUACUUAUUAAUAAAGACACCGGAGUCCUCAAGCUAGUGCAUCUAUUGUUGAAGAUUAUUCCAAUUGAACUGGAGGUGAUGCACAUAUGUUUUACAAAUCUGAAAGCUUCAAGUUCUGUGGAAUUUGUACGCUUCAUGAAGCAGCUCCUGAAUACCACCCCAGACAUUCUUAGAGAAUAUUUGAUUCAUCUACAAGAGCACAUGGUAAAUGUCAUUACCAGUAGCACUUCAGGGGCUCGAAACAUUCAUGUCAUGAUAGAGUUCCUAUUAAUUAUCCUUACUGAUUUUUGGCUCAUGUUGGACUUUAUUCAUCAUGACAAAUUAUUUUAUCUUUUGGCACGUGUUGCAACACUUACCAGGGAAGUAUCAACUCUUGUUCAUGACUUAGAAGAGAACUCAAGGAAUGAAGAGAGUAUCAAUGGAACAAAUCAUGCAAAUCUAGAGUUGCUGGAAAAUAUUGAACUCCUCAAGAAAGAUCUCAAAAAGGUUUAUCUGAAAGACCCAGACUCAUGUCAAUGUUACUUCCCCAUGAACGAUGGACCUCUCUUCAUGCAUCUUCUACACAGACACUUAAAUGAUUUGCUAGAUUCCAAUGCUUAUUCAGUUGCUUUGAUAAAAGAAGAAAUUGGGCAGGCAAAACAAGACCUUGAAUUCAUAGCAUCUUGCUUCGAGAACAUUGAUCAUGAAUUGUAUAAAGAUCUCUGGGCACGUGUUUUAGAUGUGGCAUAUGAGACAAAAGAUGUCAUUGAUUCCAUUAUUGUUCGAGAUAAUGGUCUCUUACAUCUUAUUUUCUCACUUCCCCUUACCAUAAAGAAGAUCAAGCUUAUCAAAGAAAAGGUCUCCAAUUUACAUGAGAUGAUUCCCAAGAACAGAGGCCUCACUGUGGUAAACUCUAUCAAGAAGCCAGUUGAAAGCAAGUCACUAACAGCUAGUAAAAUAAUUGUAGGUUUUGAGAAGGAGACACACUGGAUAAUCAGUAAGCUCACCAGUGGGCCGAAAGAUUUAGAUGUCAUUUCUAUCACUGGUAUGCCAGGUUCGGGCAAAACUACUUUGGCGUACCAAGUAUACAAUGAUGAGUCAGUUUCUAGACAUUUCGACAUUCGUGCAUGGUGCACAAUUGGCCAAGAAUACGACAAAAAAGAGUUGUUGGAGAAAGUUUAUAAGCAAGUUACUGGCUCGGAUUCGAAAUUGAGUGAGAAUAUUGAUGUUGCUGAUGAGCUACGGAGACACCUAAUUGGGAAGAGGUAUCUUAUUUUCUUAGAUGACUUAUGGGAUACUGAUACAUGGGAUAAAUUAAAAAGACCUUUUCCUGUAGUUGAGAAUGGAAGUAGAAUGAUUUUGACAACUCGGAAAAUGGAAGUGGCUUUGUAUGGAAAGCACAACACUGAUCCUCUUAAUCUCCGGUUGCUAAGAUCGGAAGAAACUUGGGAGUUACUAGAGAAAAGGGCAUUUGGAGAAGAGAGUUGCCCUAAUGAACUAUUGGAUGUUGGAAAAGAAAUAGCUCAAAAUUGUAAUGGACUUCCUUUGGUGGCUGAUCUGAUAGCUGGAGUCAUUGCAGGGAGGGAAAAGAAAAAGACUGCGUGGCUUGAAAUUAGAAAUAAUUUGAAGUCCUAUGUUUUCAACAGUGAAGUUGAUGUGAUGAAGGUUAUAGAAUUAAGUUAUGAUCAUUUACCACAUCACCUGAAACCAUGUUUACUAUACCUUGCAAGUUCUCCGAAGUCCUCUGGGUUGAAAGUUAAUUGGCCUGCUCAAGGACUUGUGGAGCAGACAGACAUGAAGAGCAUGGUUUAUUUUGAUGAUUUGAUUUCUAGUAGCUUGGUAACUUUUAUCAAUGAGAUUGGUAAUGAACCUAUUUUCCUAAUGCAUGAACUUAUUAGUGACUUUUGUUUGAUAAAAGCAAAAGAGGAAAAGUUGUUUGACUUGAUAAGUUCAAGUGCUCUAUCUUCUUCUUCUUCUUCUUCACAUUUGAUGUCACGUAUAGUGACCUUUAUUUAUGAUAAGGAGAACUUUGAGCUUGACAAUUUCGUCCUGUUUAGUUCAACAAUGAUAAGGCAUUCUGUUAAACACCUCUAUUCUUUGUACAUAACUGGAGACGAGAUGGAAGAUCAUCUUUCCGAUAUAUGUCACCUACGAGACUUGAGGCUUCUUAGAGUGUUGCAACUGAGUCCGUCUUUUAUCAUAGUGAAAGAUUCUUUGCUGAAUGAAAUAGGCAUGCUGAAUCAUUUGAGGUUUUUACACAUUGGGACAGAAGUUAAAUAUCUGCCUUCAUCUUUCUCAAACCUCUGGAAUCUAGAAACCAUGUCGGUUGAAAACGAAGGAUCAAUCUUGGUCCUAUUUCCGAUAAUUUGGGAUCUUCUAAAGUUGCGAGUACUGAGGGUGAGUGAUUGUUCUUUCUUUGAUAUGGAUACAGAUGAACCAAUACUGAUAACGGUGGAAUCAAAGUUAGAGAACCUGAGAGCAUUAUCGUCACUCAUGCUUUCAUAUUCGAAUGAGACUGAGGAUAUUUUCGAAAGGUUUCCCAAUCUUCAACAGCUUAAAUUUAGUCUCAAAGAAUCAUGGAAUUAUUCAACAGAGCAGAUUUGGUUCCCACAAAUCGAUUUCCUAACUGAACUAGAAGACCUUUUUAUAAAUUUUGAAAGUUCAAAUUCAAAUGACAGUGGGCCCUCAGUAGCAAUAAAUUGGUCAUGGGAUUUUCACUUUCCUUCCAAUUUGAAAAAAUUGUGGUUGUUUAACUUUCCUCUGACAUCCGAUCCACUAUCAACAAUAGCGAGACUGCCUAACCUUGAAGAGUUGUUCCUUACUAGAAUAAUCAUCCAGGGGGGAGAAUGGAACAUGGGUGAAGAUAUCUUUGAGAAUCUCAAAUAUUUGGGGUUGUUUGAAGUGACUCUUUCUAAGUGGAAGGUUGGAGAGGAAUCCUUUCCUAUACUUGAGAAAUUAGAACUGUUGCGAUGUCGUAAACUUGAGGAGAUCCCACCUUGUUUCGGCGAUAUUUAUUCUUUGAAAAUUAUCAUACUUACAGAGAGUCCUCAACUUGAAGAUUCAGCUCUGAAGAUUAAGCAAUAUGUUGGAGAUAUGACGGGAGGGGACGAGUUUCAUGUUAGAAUAUCUUGACCACCAACACAACAGGAAGGGAAGGAGAACUUACAUGCUAUUGACUAGUGAAAAGUACAAUCAUGGAAAGAGGAAAAGACAAUUAAGGAGAAAGAAAGGAGGAGGAAGAAAACAACUCAUUGAUCCUGAGAACAUGAAAGCAAGGGAAGGAGAAUCUUCUUUGGUACAAUCAUCGAAAGAGUAAAAGAAACGAAGGAGAAAGAAAGAAAGGGGAUGCAAACAACUGUUCAGUAUGACAUACAAUAUAUACAUUUUAAAACAUAUAUUGACUUCUUGUUCAAAAGAUCAUAAUAUGAACAUAAAUACUACUUCCUCCGUUUAAAAAAGAAUGACCUGCUUUGACUUUUGAAUCUUAUGGCCUUAAAUUAAAGUUUUGUCAAAUGUACCAAAAUACCCUUUAAUCUUGUGGUCCUAAAUAUGCCAUGUGGAAACUUAAAAUUAAAGUAUUGCCAAAAAAGGAAAGAGGUCAUUCUUUUUGAAACAGACUAAAAAGGAAAGUAGGUCAUUAUUUUUAAAUGGAUGGAGUAAUAGUUUCUUUCUUUCCGCGUGAAGAGGCAGAAUCCUUCCCUGCUGCCCCCAGCUCCUCCAUCAUUCUCAGUUUACCUCCUAGUCGGUGUGCUGCUGCUAUUCCUAGCACUACAAGUUUGCUGCCACCGAACGCCGGCGACUUCAACUCGAAGCUUUCCCUGGUGACGUCUGAGGUUUUCACGGCACCAGAUUUCAAAAGCCCCAAAUUUGGGUGCAGGUGCGUGGUUAUGUUGAAGAAAUCGGUCUUGAGGAUAUUGCCACCUUUUGGCCCAUGCUAAGAGUCUGGAGAUGCUCUUCGAGGCCUUCAUAGUGUCCUCUCCUUAGAGAUCAGAGACUACUCCUUUGGCAGCAAGGUUAUUGGUCAAUGUUGCAAGGCUGGAGAUGAUGCGGUAUCUUUGGAUAUCUUUUUGUUCAGUAAGUUAUGGCGUGUGUUUGCUGCUAUCUAGGAGGUUUCCAAGGGUUAGGGUCAUCCGGACACGAGACCAGAAAGUUUCCUAGUCGAGAAACUCUUCAUAUAUAGGAUAGUGGCCGGACGGAGGUUCGGCAUGACUGAUUCUACUUACCCGUUGAUGAAGAUGCAGCAGCAUCUUCAUAUAGAAUCAGGUAUUGAUCCCUGGUUCUGUAUAGGAGAACUGCAGUUAUCAGUUCUACGUUGAUCUUUCUCCACAAAUAUUUAGCUCGAGCUCCUUGUGUAGGUUUAACGUGCUGGUUGUAGUCGAUGAAACAUGGGAGCUAAAGGUUAUUGAAGAAGGCUUUUGAAGCUCCUACACCAUCAAUUUCACCCUUGACCAUGCGAGUUCACAGCAAUAAGUAGAAAAAGAUACUACUACAUUCAGUUGUUGGUGAUGCAGGAUGGUGGAAUUUACGUCCACCAAGAAUCAGCCAUCGAUAAGUAUUUUAAAGUUGAGGGAUGUUGUAUCUAAUGAUCAUUGGAUCUCCUUCAUUCAACGGAGGAGAAUUCAAUUGUAGUUUUCUUUUAGAAUUGUAUUAAAAUUCCCAGUUCUUGUCUCGAAAUUCGAAAGGCACAAUACAUUAAUAUCUUUUAACUUGACAUCAAAUUAUAAUUAUAACCUUUAACUUUGUUCGUACACUAGUAGGCCCUUUAACUAUACAAAUGUUGAACAGAAAAAACACUCCAAUCCUACCUCGCAAAAUAAGUGAUUACACAAAACGACGCGUGUGGGAGUAAAAAUAUGAGCUCCCAACGGUAAAAAAAAUGCUUAAACGACUAUUAUACCCUUAAUGAAUCCUUUAUAUAUAUAUAUAUACACACCCUUUUGGCAAAUCAAAUUUCCACUUUAUUCUCUUUUUAUUUUCUCCAACAACUUCACAUUUUUUUAGAAAAAGUAACCCAAUUAGAAAAAGUAUAUCAAUUAUCUAGUGCUCUUCUGUUUCUCCUUAAGACGAUGCUGUAUGCUUUAUUUGUAUAUCUGAAGAGCUAAAAGUUGU